UCAUGAUGUCGUCAAUCAGACAGCUGCCGUGGCUCUGCUUCUAUGUGUACACAAUCACGAGAAGCAUUCGAUGUGAAACAAACAAUGCAGCACCAUCUCCUCCAAGACAGAUCAGACUUCAGUCUUUAGUGGCAACUAGAGUUGUGUUGACAUGGAAGGCACCCCUUUAUGUCAAUGGAUCUCAUCUCACAUAUUAUAUCAAUUAUACAUCCUCUAGUAGUACUAUGGUAACUUCAAAGACCAGCACACAACCAACUAUUACUUUGGUUGGUCUUGCACCCUAUACUAACUAUACAGUCUCAAUUCAAGCUGCUACUUAUUUUCAAAUCAAUAACAGAUCUCCCAUUUUGUUGACAAGUAACAAAUCAAAAAUAUUGUUUACAACUCGUCAAGCAAAACCCAGUCCUCCAAUCAAUGUACGAGUUGACACAAUGUUAGCUUAUUCGGUUGGGAUCAAGUGGCAGCGUCCUUUAGUAUCCAAUGGCCCAAUUUCAUACUAUACAGUUUGUUAUACGAUUAAUUUUAGUAGCAAACAAACUUGUAGAAAAACCACCACUACUAAAAGUCGGUUCACCAACCUCAAACCAUUCUCUUCUUACCUUCUAAUUGUGAGGGCUGUCAAUGUUGAAAGCGCUACAAAGCUGGAAAGCAAGUGGAGCACGCAAAUACAAUUCCGAACUUUGUCAUCUAUUCCAAGCCAACCACGACAAUUGACAGCCACUGACAAACAAAUACAAUCAGUUCAUCUCAAGUGGCAUAAACCUUCUAAUCCUAAUGGAGCGAUAGCAAAAUAUGAGAUUAUUGUAGUGCAGGGAAAAGGUAUCGAUCCUAGUAACUAUGAUAGCAAUACGUUGGUUGUUAACAAUACUGUCAGUGGGAGCAUCUCAGCUUUCACGAUAACUGGAUUGACAGAGUUAACACGUUACAGUGUGUGGAUUGUUGCAGUCAAUAUUCGACGAACUGACAAAGCAAAAUUAGCUAGUUCUCCAAGUCAAGUGAUAACGUUUGAUACAAAGGGUGGAGUAAAUACUGCUCCUCAAAAAAUUAUGUCUCUCCAAGUGACUAGUACUUCGGCUCUAAUCACUUGGCAGCAACCACUGUUUUCAACACCAAGAUCAGUUAAUAGUUACUAUAUCAGAUAUUUUAAAUCAACAAGAUCUGAUGGCAACAGAUUCCCUCAAUCUACAAGGGAAAGAAGAUUCCAUCUUACUAAUUUGGACAUUUAUACAAGCUAUACAAUAGACAUAGCAGCUUAUGUGCGUCCUCUGUUGUCUCCUUAUGCAUCAUAUAAUUUUACAACUAAACAAGCUGUACCGGACACUCCUCCGAACUGUACAGCCACGGAAACCAAUUUAACUUCUCUUCUUGUGAAAUGGAAUCCUUAUUCUUCAAGAGACAACGCAAUUGCAUUCUAUCAAUUGACAUUUCAGUCUCAAUUCGAGACGAAAAUCGUCAAGACCAUACAGACGAGACUUCAAGAGACGAAUCUUACACCUGAUACCAACUACAACAUCACAAUUAGUGCAUUUGCAAACAACACGAAACUAUUGAGUGGGCUACCAUGUCAAUUGUUAGCAAGAACCGGCAAAAAGAAUAUUCAUGAGUCGAAGUCUACAGCAGCACCUCUUGUUAUUGCUGGAGUGUUACCCUGCUUGCUGGUGAUUGUUAUUAUUGUUGUUGCUGUUUGUGUCGUUCGGCAUCGCAAGAGAUGCUGCAACAAUCACAUGCAGAAGAACGAUGACAAAGACACAGAAACAAAUGCUCAUUGCUAUGAGAUGCCAUCAAUUGCACAAACCACACGUGCAAUCGAUGAUCUAGACAUGACAGAAAGUAAUGCAUACAAUUCUGUUACCGUGGAGACAAGUGAGAUUGCUUCAUACGCUGACGCUGGCACAACAGUGAUGCAAAGCAAAGUUGAGUCACUAACAACAUCAGACGAUUCUAUCAUCUACGAAGAAGUAAACAGUUGAAUUUACAUCCAAUGAGAAAUAGAACAUACUAGAUACACGACCCGUCCUUCGUACGAGCAGAGUAUGUAGUGUCAUGACGGAAGACUCAGUUUGAGCGUAUGUAGACACGGCAUUUGCAUUUUUUGGUAGAAAUCGACACACUCCCUGUGUGGAUUAAGUUCAAAUGAUGGUGUGGGUGUGUGUUCGAAUAAACU